CUACAAACGAUUCUAAGCAAAAAGAAAGGAGAGAUCAAAAAUUUAUUAGUAUGUUAAUUAAGGACCAAUUGCCAAUCAAUAUAAGAGAAGGAGCUGGCUUUACUAAAUUUUUGGCGGAAUUUAAUCCUUACUACCAAUUGCCUUAUGGUUCUUGCCUAGAAAAAAUUAAUCUAAUGAAUGAUGAAUGGAAUGCCAUAAUAUCAUUAACUGCAAUCUUGAGGCCUUUUGCUGAA